AUGGAUUUAGGAGGGUAUGAAGGGAAUGGGGCUGAUGAAGACCAAGAAGCCUCAAAUUCUCAAAAGGGCAAGAGAACCUAUCAUCGCCACAAUGUUCAACAGAUUCAGCAGCUUGAAACGUUCUUCAAGGAAUGCCCACAUCCAGAUGAGAAACAAAGGCGUCAAUUGAGCAGAGAGUUGGGCCUUGAGUCUAGGCAGGUCAAGUUUUGGUUUCAAAACAAGAGGACUCAAACAAAGACUCAGCAUGAGCGAGCUGAUAACUACACUCUUCGAACAGAAAAUGAGAAAAUCCAAUGUGAGAACCUCGCAAUUAGAGAGGCUCUGAAGACUGUGACAUGCCAUGAUUGUGGCGGUCAGCCCUUUAGGAACGAAGAGCAACAGCAUAACAUAGAGAGAUUACAUAUAGAAAAUGCUCAACUAAAACAAGAGCAUGAAAGAGUGUCUAUCCUUGUCAGCAAGUUCCUAGGAAAACCAGUCACACAAGUCCUGCCUCUGUCGCCCGCCCUAAGAUCUUCAAUGGAUUUUCCAGUAGAAAGUUACCCAGGGCAUGGGAUGGCAGUCCCUUCAUUUGAUCUUGUCUCAGGCAAUCUUAACAAUCCCACACUGCCAUACCAGUUGAAUCUGAAUGGAAUCCAAGAGAUUGAAAAAUCACUAGCAAUUGGGACUGCUGUCAGCGCCAUGGAUGAAUUGAUCAAGCUUUUGCGAGUCAAUGAGCCUGUGUGGUACAAGUCCCCUACUAGUGAAAGAUACGUUCUUCAUCGUGACAGCUAUGACAAGCUUUCCUCUCGAGUUAAUCACUUCAAAAAUUCCAGUGCUCGGAUUGAAUCUUCAAAAUAUUCGGGUGUGGUGAUGAUGCCUGGAAUGCGCUUGGUUGACAUGUUUUUGGACUCGGCUAAAUGGGUGGAUCUUUUUCCUACUAUUGUUACAAAAGCAAGGACAAUUGAAGUAAUUGAUACGGGAAUGUUAGGAAAUCAGGAUGAUUCCUUACAGCUGAUCUACGAACAAAUGCAUAUUUUGUCACCUCUUGUGGCACCUCGAGAAUUCUUCUUCCUCCGUUUUUGCCGACAACUCGAACCAGGUGUUUGGGUGGUGGUGGAUGUGUCAUAUGAUUACUUCAGAGAGAACCCUCAUAGCCCUCUUCGCACUUGGAAGCUUCCAUCUGGUUGCAUGAUUCAAGAUAUGUCCAAUGGGUGCUCCAGGGUUACUUGGGUGGAACUGGUUGAAGUUGACGAUAAAUCCCUAACUCAUCGUCUCUAUAGAGACUUAGUGUUUAAUUCUUCAGCAUAUGGGGCAGAGCGAUGGGUUGUUACUCUACAAAGGAUGUGUUUGAGGCUGGCAUACUCAAUGGGCGAAAACUCACCAAGUCGUGAACUUGGAGGGGUGAUCAAUAAUCCUGACGGUAAAAGAAGCAUAAUGCAGCUUUCACACAGGAUGAUGAAGAAUUUUUGUUCAAUACUAAGCAUGUCCAAUAAAGUGGAUUUCCCUCAUUUCACGGAGCUGAACAAUAGUGGGGUUAGAGUCUCUGUUCGGAUGAGUGACGAACCUGGCCAACCUAGUGGGAUGGUGGUUAGUGCUGCAACCUCCUUAUGGCUCCCUCUUUCAUGGGAGACACUUUAUAAUUUCUUUAGAGACAUGAAUACGAGAUCUCAGUGGGAUGUGCUCUCCAGUGGAAGUCCAGUGCACGAGAUUGCAAACAUCUCCAUGGGCACUCAUCCUGAAAACAGUGUCUAUGUUAUUCAGCAGCCUUUUGUCCCCAAUGAGAGCAACAUGCUGAUACUUCAAGAGAACUGCGUAGACUCUUUGGGAGCACUAGUAGUCUACGCUCCCUUAGACAUACCUGCUGUCAGGUCACUUAUAAGUGGUGAGGACUCUGCAAGCAUACAAAUACUUCCAUCAGGGUUCACAAUGUGCGGUAGCGGCUGUCUUGACAAAGGAACUGGAGCUUCAGCCAGCACAAGCACCUGCAGGUCUUGUGGUUCGCUUCUCACCGUGGCUUUCCAGAUACUGGUCUGCACCCUGUCGUCCUCAAAGCAGCUGAAUAUGGAUUCCGUGGCUACUGUCAAUACCCUUAUCAGCUCCACCGUUCAGAAGAUCAAGGCUGCUUUAGAUUGCACUAAUGUGGAUUGA